AUGAGUUUCUAAUAAUAAUAAUAACAAUAAGCUUUUUUCGAAUAAUAAAUCUCUGGGCAUUCUAUAUUUAUUAAACUUAAUGAUGGCGAGUUUGUAGCGAAGUCCCACUCAAUUGAAAAUAAUAAUGAAUAAAAUUUUUAUGAAUGGAUUCAGCACAUAGACGGAUAUUAGGAGUUCUUCUCUCAAUACAAUGGUGUAGCAAUUAUAGAAAAAAAUCAAGAAAUAUCAAAAUAAGAAACAAUCAACUCUUAAUAAAAAUGGUUAGAUACUCUUAUUUCUAAGAGGUAUAAUCCAAAUAAUAAGAAAUAUUUAAUACUUGAAAACUUGACUUAAAACUCUUAGAAUUUGAGAAUUCUAGACCUGAAAUUAGGCUAUUCAGUUGAAAAAUAAUCGCAUAUUUAGCGUUAUCAAGAUUCAACUUCCUCUAAAGUAGGCCUCAGAAUUUGUGGAAUGAAAAUACAAGAAAAUAAUGAAUUGGUUUUGUUUAAGGAUAAGCAUUGGGGUAGAACCAUAUCUGUAUAGGAAUUAAUUGAGUCACUUAAGACUUUUUUUGGUUUAAAAAAUAGAAAUUAAAUUUUAAAAGAGGCCAUCGAGAAAAUAGAAUCCUUAAAGCAAUUUAUCAUUAGUCAUUGUAAGCAAGUGACAUCAUGGUAAGGAACAAGUCUGUUAUUGAUUUAUCGUGAUGAUAAUGAUUUUAAAAUUAAGUUGAUUGACUUCUCCAAUACCAAAGUGGACCUAGAAUCUACUCAAAUUAAAACGGGCAGCUCCCGUCGAAGCUUUAAAUAGUCUAUAGGAUAUAAUAAAGCAAAUUUGAUAAAUUAUUGAUAUUAUAAAUUUUCAGUUUUCUAGAGGAAUUGAUAAA